AUGGCUUGGUCAAGGACUCCUUUCGAAGGACCACAAACCGAAUGCCUGCAGAAGCUCGCCAUCAAGCUUGCCACCAAUGGACCUCACAAAACCCUGCCCACCCCGCGCCUGAUCCAAUUACAACAUGCCGGCGUCUUCAUCAUCAAAACCACGUCCGCGGUGCUCGUCUGGGAGCACCUUUACUACCCUCAGCUAUACCUGCCCUUGAAGGCGCUAGAGGACCCAGCUCUCUCCAGCGAGCCUGGCAGCGAAAUUCACGAUCCCAACACCAAAGCCCGCAUCGCACAAGUCCUGACACUCACGGUCGCCUCUCGCACCAUACCCAACGUCCUGUCCUUCUCCGCGAAUCUCUCCGGCUCUGCAACCUCUCUAUCAAAUCUCGUCCGCAUCCCCUUCGACGCCAUCGACACCUGGUACGAAGAAUCCACACCCAUCUACGUGAACCCAAAGGACCCCUUUAAACGUGUUGAUGUCUUGCUAUCCACCCGGCCGAUCAAAGUCCGUAUCGGCGGCCAAGUCGUAGCUUCAACAACCACAUCCAUGCACCUCUACGAGACCGGAUUGCCAGCGAGGUACUACAUGCCUCUGAGCGCGAUUGACGGGACUGUGCUUCGGAAGAGUGACACCCGCACGAAAUGUCCGUACAAGGGCGAGGCGGAGUAUUACUCCGUGGAGGUUGGUGGCGAGGCGUGGAAGGAUGUGGUGUGGUUUUAUCGGAGUCCAAUUCUGGAGUGUGCGAAGAUUGAGGGUGGGUUCUUGCUUUCCUGUCGGUUCGGCCAUUCGGAGAGUGCUGAUGAUGCGAUAGGACUUUGCUGUUUCUACAAUGAGAAGGUGGAGAUUGAGCUCGAUGGCGAAGUGCUCGAGACGCCAGUGACACAUAUGAGCAACGCAAACCCGAACGCGAAGCCACCGGCGGCAAGAAACAAAUCCAUCACCACGACCGGAGCAAACACCAUCCGUCGAGUCACACCGACACAUCAGGACAACUCCACCAUCACCAUACUCGCCAACAUGCAGUUCAACCGUCAUCUCUUCCUCGCUGCCCUCGCCGGCUUCCUCUAA